UUGCUAUUGACAGAUGAGCGGCGAGUCUCCCACGAACAAGGAGAAAGAACGGAUUAGCAAGGCCACUCAUGCUGCAUGCACGCAAGUCCUGGCAAUGCUGCUCGGCCACGAAUCUCUCCAGAGCACGUUGCUGACAUCGGCGGCUCGGACGGCCCUGCUGGACGGGACAUACGCCAAUAUUGACUCGAUCCAGAACGGCGACUUAAAAGCCAAGUUGACAAAGAAGACCAUGGGUCUUGAUGUAGUGCACAAGUUACUGGGAAGCAAGCCGUCGCGAUGCCGAUUUAAGACGUGCGAGCGUUUCUCCAAGGACGUGCGCCUUGUCUUCCAGAACAUCAUGCUGUACCAGUGUUACCUAAAGGACAACUCACCGUCGUUGUACGACGCCACGCUCUUCGAGACCGCCCAGCGACUUUUGCAGGGUUUCGAAAUGAUGUACGCUGGUGAACUUGCCCGCCAUGUCGUGGCCUCGUCGACAAUAGCGCCAUCUCCCACAGGAUCACCCGAGCCGUCUCCUCCUCAGUCGUCGUUACUGUCUGCGUCGUCCUUCAAACCACCGUCGUCAGCAGCGGCAUCGAAACCGUCGCAAAGUUCAUCCACGCCAUCGACGCUGUCGUUGUCCGAGGAAUGCACGACCAAAUGCCACACGAUCGUACAGCGCAUCAUGAAGUACAAGGAGCACGGGGUGUCGUUGGCCGCGCCAUUCUUCAACCCGGUCGAUCUUGGCAUGUACGUCGACUACAAAGUCAAGAUUCCACAUCGCAUGCAUCUCUACGGCGUCCAACAAAAGCUGUCGACCGGCGCGUACCCGACUGUCGCGGCGUUUGCGUACGACAUGCGGCUCAUCUUUGCCAACUGUCUCGUGUACAACUCGGAGGUGCUUCUAAGUGCCAAGAUCCGAGAGCAUGCCGUCAAGUUGAUGCACCUUCUCGAGCAACAGCUCGAUCAAUUCGACCAGACGGAUGCGACGUGGACGGGGCUUCCCCAUGCCGAUCGAUGGAAAUGCCACCAAGUGAUUCACGACGUGCUGGCCCAUCGCAGUCACGGCGGUGUCGAGACCGCCCAGUGGUUUAAGCACCCCAUCGUGACAUAUUUCGCUUCGCCGGACCAAGCUCCAUUCAAUUAUUUUAAAGUGAUCAAGCGCCCCAUGGACGUUGGGACUGUGACGUCGCGACUGCAUUUGGGCGAAUACCGCGAUGUGGCGUCGUUUUUUGGCGACCUCCGCCUUGUUUUUGACAAUUGCAUCAAGUACUGGAAGACCAGUGCCGACGGUCAAGUGUACUGCGACGCAGCCAAGACGUUGUUGGCGACGAUGGAAUCAAGUGCAAAGACUGUGUUUGGUUCGGUCGUUGUGGCUAGCUUGUUUGAUUCCAAGAGCAGCAACGGCUCAAAAAGCCACCACUCGUCUGGGUCGUCAGCCACGACAAUGUCGUCCAAUCAUGAGAAAAAAGCGGCGCCGUCCGCUCCAGCCGCGUCCUUUCUGUCCCCCAAAGAGUCCAAGUCCUCGUCGUCCAAGAAGAGCUCGUCGUCGUCGUCGGACCCGGCGAAAUCGUCGGGCUCGUCUGCGUCCCGCCGGGAGUUCGCCGACAAGGACAAGUGCCUCAAGAUUCUCGACAUACUUCGCCAACACCGGAUGCGCGGCGUUAUGGGCAACGACAUCGAGACGGCGUAUCCGUUUCUGCAUGCGGUCGACAUCACGCGAUAUCCCGACUACGUUAAAAUCGUCCCAGAACCGAUGGACUUCAACAAAAUCGACCGAAAACUCAAGAGUAAUCGGUACACGAGCAUGUCGGAGUUUUCCGCCGACGUCCACUUGAUUUUUUCCAACUGCCUCAAGUACAACUCGGACCCGGUCGAAGGUGCGGACAUACGGACGAUGGCGACGACUCUGCGCGACUGCUUUGUCAAGUUAUAUCAAGACAUGGAAAACGGCCGCGAAAUACAACAGCACACUCACGUCGCCCCCACCGCAACCCCAGGUUCAACGUCUUCCUCGUCGUCGUCCAAGAAGAACCGAUUGUCUUCUGGCCACCACGACGGUGCAGACGACGACAAGAAGCGGAAGAAGGACAAGAAGGAGAAGAAGAAGAAAAAGGACAAGAAAAAAGACAAAAAAGACAAGAAGCACCACCAUUCGUCGUCGCACAAAACCGACGUUGUCGACAACGCAGUUGUCGUGGAGCCUGCAGUCGCCAAUACUAAGCCUUCGCCACCGCCGCCACCUCCCGCCCCUGUCAUUGAUCUCACGGGCUCUAAAUCGAGCGCAAGUCCAACUAGAGGGUCCCAGCCAGCGGCUGCAACCACGCCCGGUGUAACACCAGCGACGUCGUCGUCGUCGAAACCGUCCAAGGCGUCGAAAGUCAAGCUCGACUUGUCGCCGUGGGAAGCGUCGUGCGAACGACUCGUCUCUCGCAUGCUCAAACUCGAGUACGUGACUGCCAUGCACUUCGACGCGCCGUUGGUGGAGAAGCUGCCCGAUUUGGCCAAGAUUUACAAGAGCAUUAUUUCCGAACCCAUGGACUUGGGAACGUUGAGGCAGAUGCUGAUCAACCAUGCUAUCCCGGACACAACCGAGUUCGUCCGGCUCGGGCGUUUGAUUUUUGAAAAUGCCAAGACAUUCAACGCCGGGCCAGAUCCUGCGUCCGCCCGCGUGCGCGAGACAGCCGAUCACUUGCGGUGGCUUUUUGAUUCGCUCAGCGUCGAAAUGAAUAUCAUGCCCGACUCGGAUACCCUGCGCAAGCAGUGGCGCAACGAACGGUUCUCGGCCGUCCAGACGCUCAAGUUUACCGAGAGCAAACCAAACAAAGAAUGUGUCAAAGUUCUGCGCGCGCUCUUGAGCCAGAAGCAAAUCAAAGACAGGUGGCCGUUCAUGGAGCCGGCCGGCGUCCUCUUCAAGGACCUCCCUCCGACCUAUUACGACAUUGUCAAGCAGCCCAUGGAUCUGAAAACGGUUGGAGAGAAGCUCAACUCGCUCAUGUACAAGUCGUACGGCGAGUUUAUUGGCGACAUUCGGCUGACGUUUGAAAACGCGAUGCUGUACAAUCAGCUGGACAAGGGUAAGGACGAAUGGACUGUGUACGGUGCCGCCAAGCGUCUGUAUGACUUGACUACCGAGCUGUGGGGCGACGUCACGAUCGACGUCGUUGAGCGCGUGCGGCGCAUGGUGAUGGAGCACAAGGAAGCCCGUGUCGAAUCGGAGAAGAAUCGGGCCGUCGAGAAGGCCAAGGCAGUCGUGGACGACGCGGUGCGGAAAAAGGAGUACGAAGCCAUGUUGGCCCAGCAAAAGAAGGACGAGGCCGAGGCAGAAGCUCGUGAAAAGGCCGAGCAGGCGGCGGCACGGGAGAAAGCAGCCAAGGAGGCGCGGAACCUCCAGCUAGACAAAAUGUCAAAACAAGAGCGGAAGCUUGAAGAUCGACGUCGAAAGAAGGAAGAUGAACUGGCCAUGGCGGAGCGCCGCCAACGCACGGCGACGGUCGCAACCGAGGAGGCUGUCCGAGAGGCCGAAUUGCGCAGCCGCUUGCGCGCCAAGGCGAGGCAGAUUCAGUUACAGAACGACCUGGCCAAGGAAAAGCUGCUGAAAAAAGGCAUCGAGACCAAGGCAGCCAAAGUGGGCAUGCAUCCCGUUCAUCCGAUGGACAAACAGCGCAAGCGCGGCGGGCCUUCGACCACAUCAACGUCGUCGUUUUGGAAAGUCAAGCGACGGAAGCUCACCGUGUCAAGUGUAUUUCACAUGGAUCCCGACGAUGACGACACCGUUCACGGGGAAUCUGCCGCCAUGGCAUGUUAAUUCAUAAAAAAUGCCAGCAAAGCUUGUUCCUUCGCGCGCGCGAGUGUGUAUGAGCCCAAUUGUACACUCGUUCCUCGU